ACCUAUCAAUCCAAUUCAGUUCGACUAGCACAUUCGAAUGUGAUUCACAUAACGCGGAAUAUACGGCAACGAAUACAAAUUUCGAAAAUAUCUUUUGACAAAUAUUCAUAUGUAAAUACCUACCCAUAGCUUCACAAAGAGCUAUUCAAAAGCCUUACAUUUUCCAUUAGACCGAGUGCAAAUUUGAUUCCAAUUCCAACCAACUUCUAUUUGUUCGUACUUUGACAGCAAAUCACGCACAAUGACUUAGUUACAGUUACGAGUAGAAUACUCCUCCCCCGAAAAAUUGUGUGAAUGUCUCUGUUGUUGAUUUCCUGAUUAAGUUUUUCAAAUUCGCAAUUAUUGUUUAGCGUCAGUUUUUGCAAGUGAAUACACGAGAAGUUUCGUGGAAAUUAAGUGAGUUAAUUGUGACAUGCUACCGUUAUAGGAGAGUGGAAAAUCAAAGUGUUAUGCGAAACGGUGGAGGUGGUGGUGGCGGCAACAUCGGGUGGCGUUGAAAACUUGACUUGAAGUCUCUUCGCACAGCAAAUAGCAAGACAACUCGUUGAAACUAUUUGACAGGAAACUUGACAUACUUGACAUAUAAGACAGAAGGAAUUUUUGGUAUUUGCGGAAAACUGUAAAUGGCAUUUCUUUUGCAACAAUGACAGUUACAACAUCAGUGAGUCAUGUUAAUUUCUUCGUCAAACUUCUGCUGGUUACUGUGGCAGUUUCUAAAGUUCUCGGAACUUCUGACAUUGGAUUACCUAUGAUUCAGAUUAACCAUGAUGAAGAUGACGAAUACCCCGACCUGCAGGAGCAAGUGCAUUUAGAUGAUUUCUUUUGGACAGGAUCUGGCGAUGGACCACCUGAUUAUGUGAAACAAAUUCACACUGGCAUCAGUAAGGGCAAGGAUGUUAUUGUAAAAACGAAUACAGUUGUGGCAACAGUCUUUGUCGAAGGACACAAUGAAGUCGACAUUCCUAUCUGCUUAGAUUGCUUUCCGGAUAAUGGCUUUGAACUUCCAUUGAACUUCUCGACGACCGACAGACGUUAUUGGUUGUUAACUGUUAUUUCAGGAUUCUAUUCCACAAAGGACACUCCAAUGUUGGAAGAGAAACUAGCUAAGCUUUAUCGAUUAGCAUUUACGAGACAGCAAUCAAAGCACUUAGGUAUUGCAAAUGGGUCAUUAUCUAAAGAAUCAGCAACAUCUACUCGAGAUAUAAAACUUGAUCAACAAGCUGCUGCUAUCAACGAAAAAGACUUUUCCACGGCCGCUGACGAGGUUAAAGAUGAAGAAAACGACGACGACAAAGAUGACCUGGAUGACUAUCACGAAAUUAAACGACGUCGUCGACGCAGGAAAAAACGAAGAAGAAGACGUCAAUUGCAAACAGAAAUCAACCCCGAGCACGACACCCAGACCGAGACCGACUACAAUCAUCAAAGGUCCUCCGAAAUAGAUGAUGAUGAUGGUUCUUCAGAACAAAGCAUCCGCCACAACGACCAAGAUCUCAAAAUAGCAUCAGCAACAGAGCAAGAGCUAGAGACGGAGUCGGAGUCGGUUCCAGAGCCAGGGCAAAGCCAACAUGCCUUUGAGCUGUUUAAUACUCAAACUAACAAUGGCACCAUCAAAGAGGACCUGUUAUUCCGUCAUCCCAUUAAACAGCCCGCUUUAGGUGCGGAUGUUGAUGUGGAUGAUGAUGGCGGUGGUGGUAGCGAUGGCGGUGGCAGUAGUUUCGCUCGCGCGCCACCAGGAUUCAAUGGCCCGGCAGUUUUCACCGACGACCAGGUCCGAAUUGUCAUUCAUAACGUCACGCAAAUAACCGAGGAGGAUAUUCAAAGUGGCGGCCGCCUGUCGAGUAGUGGUGGUGCUGGUAAUGGCGAAGACAUCAACGAGAAAAUUGAUGAGCGCCCUCUUGCCAAUCAAACGGAAAUUAUUUACUCUGUUUUUGUGGGUGGUCGACCGGUGAUGGCCGUGACCGCGGCUAAUGACAUGAAACUAGUUAGCGAAUUGGAGGUUACCUCGGUAAUGGGAAAGGAUAUUUUUAUGAAAGCCGAACCUUACCUUCGGGAGCCUCAGGCAACACCCUUAGCACCGGCAACAAGAAGCAGUGAUUCAGGUUUCCUUGCUUCUCUAGGAGAAAGUCCAUUGCUUUUAAUCAUCGGUUCCUUAGUUGUCCUACUUUUAAUAUUAUUACUAAUUGCAUUAUUGCUGAUGGGAAGACCAAAACGAGAUUUUAGUUCGCAAUCGAAGCGGGCAUCAAGUCGCAAUGAGCUUCUUGCUGAGAAAAGCUCUCCUCUUCAUCACGAACACAUUAUCGGUCCUCCCGCAAUUCCUCGCGUAAAACUAACCGAAGGCAUUCAGAAUUUUGCUUACGAAAACGAAACCGCACGAACGACUAUUCCCGUACAAGUUAGAUCAAGACGUGGAUCGACGACUUCCAGUGACAAUACGUCAGACUCUUCGGUGUAUACUCCCAUAAAUCCACCCGGAGCUGAUGUCCAAAGAAUAUUAGACGAUAAGGCCGCAACACUCUUUGACAAACGCAAGCGGCGUCAAAGUCAAUACGAGCAUUCUGAAAAUCAGGAGGCGAUUUAUACAAAAGUCGUUUCUGAGAGAAAAAAAGACAAGAAGCACUCGGGACCGUCGUCGAACACAAAACACAAAACCAAACGACGUUACUUGUCGGAGAACCGUGUUGGUUCGAUGGAGGAUGCACCGAAUCAUUCCUCGACCGAAACGACGGUUUCCAAUGACAGCAUAGUGGAGGCAUUGCGUCCAAGUUACGAGAAUUUUGAACGCACAGAGGCUUACAAUCCUCACAACAACUACCAUCGCAACAAACUCCUCCAAAAUCGAGUCUUCACCGACAAGGUUUACGAUUCCGUCCCGGAUGAAAUGCCAACGCAGGCUAUCAAUCGUGAAAUAAUUCGAGCUCUUCAGCCCAGCGAAAAGUCAUCUGAGACUGGAAGUAUUGGAUCGUUUCUUUCGAUGGCUUCUGUGAAGAGUUUUCCUAAGAACUCUCUUCCUGAGCCUUUAAACAGAGUUCUCGAACCGGUGUUUGUCACAUACUACGACAACGUGGAUGAAACAGUACCCAAGCCUCCACGCAAACAACGGCCUAAAUCACCUCUCACCGAGGCUUGUGCCUCGAUCGAAAGAUUCCCCGAGCCAAAAGCUCCAAGAUCUAUGCGAGUUGUGGCUUCCCAAAGUGACAAUCCCGAUCCGGGAGUGGUGGGUCCGAUAGUCUGGGAGAUUCACAAGAAACGCAUGGCGUCAGAUAACGACGAUCAAGACUUUUCUUAUGAACCAUCAACGGGCCCCAUUCGAGAUCCAGCCGAAACGAGAUCGCACUAUCAGGGCUUACUAGAGGGCGCUCUACAAAUGUAUUCCAGUCAAGAUGACCUUCCAACUCCACUUCCGACGAAAAACUUCACAAAUCAGCGAAAGCCAACUAGCCGCGAAUAUCGUGGCAAGUCCGCAGGGUCCAUGGAUCAUCCAAGGUCUAUAUCAGGACCGAGGCCAUCUACAGCCCAAGCCGAAAAAACUUCCAUCAGCAAUCAUUCGACUCAACCACCAUCACCGAAUAUGGGCGCCUGGGGUAGUGGUGGAGUCCAUCAGCCUUUGGUCAGGCCCUUAAGUGCUGGACCAUUUCAUCGACCUGCCGAACCGUCACCGGGUAUUAGAACACCAUCCAGUGUACAUCAUGGAUCGCAAUCAACCAACAAUCGAGAAGAAUUCUCGGCUGCUCCGCUUAUUGAAGCCAUACAAAAUGAACUGAGGAAGUUCAAGCGGGACAAUUAAUAUUGCACAUGAGAGCGUCUUGUUUUUUUUUCUCUUAACAAAAAGAAACAACUUUAGGAUUUCCAUUAACGCAUUUAUUCGAAGUGAAAUAAUUAGUCAUAAUUUUUAAGAUACAAACAAAAUUAUACGAUGUCGCAAGUAAAUUAUAUUCAUUCGUAAUCCGUAUAGAAUUUCAUAAUAUCGUUUAUCAUAAAAAUAACAAAAUACAAAUUUCUUUAAUAGUAGCAAAACGA